ACCUCACUUCAUUUCACUUCCAUCUAGAGAGAGAGAGAAAUGAGGCCAAUAAACAGUGUAUCACCAUCAUCACCAAUGCGUGCCAGUGGGGUUAAUAUAUGGAAGUCUCCAAUUCCUUACUUGUUUGGAGGCUUAGCUGUGAUGCUGGCUAUCAUAUCUAUGGCAUUGGUGAUCCUUGUUUGCUCAUACAGAAAACGUGAUUCUCAGUCAUCAUCAUCUGAAGUUAAUGAAGACGUGAAAUCACAAGCAAUGGCCAAGAAUUUAGAGACAAACUCAGAGCCUGAAGUUCUUGUCAUAAUGGCUGGUAAUCACAACCCCACAUACCUUGCAAAACCAAUCACUUCUUCUUCAAUUUUCUGCACGUGUGGGGCUCAACCAAGUGAACCAAACCCUUCAUCAACCUCAACAACUGAGUGAAGACUAACCAAUUAUCAACAUGCCAAGUUCAACAAAAUUUUGCUCUACACUUUUCUUCCUUCUCAAUUUUCAUAUUCUUGUGGUUUUGUGUGAGCACAGAAUGUGACUACUGAAGAUGAGUGCUUUCUUUUUUUGAGAAUUUUGCUUUUCCAUAAUGAAAUUAUCUGACGGCUUAUUAGACUUUAUACUGAUACAUAUAUUUUGCUACUAGGUAUGCUUUUCAUUUCUUUAAUUUCUUACAACAUAUAUCUGACCAAGUUAUUUUUCUGCAA